AUGCGGUUACUCUGGGUCUUCUCAUCCCUUCUACUCCUCGGCACCGUCUCUUCCCUAAACCUCCUUUUAUUCCUCAUCGGGACUAAUCAAUUCGAGAGAGGAACUUUUGAGUAUUUGGCCCAGCAACUGGCGUUGAGACAUCAUAAUGUAAUUACUGUCAAGCCAAUUCUGAUUCCUGAAGAGCCACGAUUGGUGAAGCCGAAGCUUCAUUUGGUGCGGGAGAAAACGAUGAAGAAUUUGUUGACCAAAAAACUCUACGAACCGCUCGAAAAAAUCGGUGACACCGUCCCGUGGAGUCAAAACUAUGAGCUCGACAAGAUGGAGGAGCCCUACUGGGUUGCGCACAAUGCUUCUUGCGUAAAGAUGCUAAAUUCGAACCUGAUGGACCAACUCAAGAAAGAUGAGCUUGACGUCGUGAUUGUUUACUCUGGAAACCCCUGUCAACUAGCUUUGGCGCACGUGCUCGGCAAGCCUGUGAUCUAUUUUGAUCAGGAAGGACUCACCGAUGAGACCCUAGUUGCUGCCGGCGUUUCGCCGAGCCUUGACUACCCAUCUUCACACUGCCCGUUUAGGCCGACGCCCUUCCUUCCCCUCAAUCGCAUCUUCAACGGUAUAUGUAUUCUGAAAGAGUACCUGGCCCAGUCGAGGAUUCGCUUCUUGGCCUCAACUGUAUCAAGAAGAUAUAAGCACCUUGACCAGGAGAUCACAAGAAUGUUUGCUGAGGAUUAUGAGAUUAAGAAGAGAUUCAAGCCAUUCCCGGAUGUCAAUGAACUCAAGGGAAAGUCCGCUCUAUUCUUCGCCAAUACCGAUCGAUUAUUGGAGUACGAGCGACCGCUUCCACCCCAUGUAAUUCCGGUCGGAGGAAUGCAUAUCGAUCAUCCGAAACCGUUGUUUGCGCCCUGGAACACCUCGAUAGAAUCCGCAGAAUCCGGUAUGAUCAUCGUUUCGAUGGGAACGCAGGCCAAUUCGGCGCAUAUGCCAGAAUAUAUGGCCAGAGCCCUCUUCGGUGCCCUCUCAAAGCUGAAGAAGUACCGUAUCUAUUGGCGAGUUGGGCCCACGAUCAAAUUGGCCGGUGUCGAUGUCGAGAAACCGCCCAGCCAUAUCAACUUCACGGCUUACAUUCCGCAGAAUGAUUUGCUGGCGCACAAGUCCUGCAAGCUCCUAAUCACCAACGGGGGUAUGCUAUCAGUCAUGGAAGCGGUGGCCCACGGUGUCCCGAUGGUCGGCAUCCCGCUCUAUGGCCAGAAUCGGCAUAAUAUGGGAAAAGUUGCGCACAGGGGUCUUGGGGUUGUCGUUGAAAAGCAGGACGUUACCGAGAGCACAAUUUAUGCGGCUAUCAAGAAUGUGCUUGACUAUCCUAGCUUCAAAAACAAGGCCAAGUGGGCGUCUAAGGAAUUCAAGGCCAGGAAAAAUACUCCGUUUGAAGAGGUACUCCACUGGAUUGAGUUCAUCGCCCAACAACAGGGAAAUCCUUUGAAAUCCCCAGCCAGCCAUCCGCUCAUCCAACUAGCCAAGCAUUUAUGUCUAGACCUGGUUUUGGCAGUAAUUUUCGUGCUCUACGUACCGUAUGUCUUUGCGCGAUGGUAUCUCCGGAGAAUGCUCAACAAAUCAUCUACUACCCCUCAAAAAUCCAUCACAUCAAAAUCCAGCCCCUCGAAGGAUUCCAACAAUAAUGGCGGCGAAUCGAAAAAAUUGAAA